AUGAAGGGCUUAGGAGCAAACCGCAGCCGCCACCUCUCUGACUCCUGCGAACCACCCGGGUGCAACCAGAAAGCGCUGUGCCCUCUGAGCUCGGACCCCCAUGGCACCUUCCUCCUCAGCCCCAGCCUCAACCACUAUGGCACCCUGGACCCCCACCUACACCAAUACCCUCCCACCAGGCUUUCUGGAGCGCCUAUGAUCACCAGUGGAUCUGCGACCAUCUCCUCCGCAGCUGCUGCUAAAAUGAACAGGUUACCGGCGAAUCUUUUGGAUCAGCUGGAAAGGCACUUACCACUGCACCGGGACGGCUUCAGUACUUUGCAAUUCCAUCGGAGUCGUGUGUCGAAGCAGAGAAGCGAAAGUCCUGGGAGAAUUCGUCACCUGAUGCAUUCGGUUCAAAAACUUUUCGCCAAGUCGCAAUCGCUGGAGAACUCCGCGCAUAAGGGCAACUUCAACGGUCGCUCGGUUGGCGGGUCGGUGUCAGGGUCGGGCGAUGAAGGCGGGAGACAAAGUCGUAGGAGCAAGAGCAAAGAUAGGGCGAAAUCUGAGAUGCCAAGGCAGAGACUACGGUCGACGGCGUUGGGAGGGCUUUGGGGUUCGGAUGAUGCGUUGGACCUGGACGCAAGCAAGUCUGGAACGCUCACGAUGGGUUACCGCAACCCGUUGACGAUGAUGACGCUGGGCAGGGCGGUUUCAGACAGCCAGGCGAGGCAAAUCCCACAGGGCUACAACACCAUAUCCGCACACACUCUCAAGACCUCCAAAAGCAGCAGUGACCUCAAGUUUCUAGCUUGUCCCACCACGACGUCACAGUUGGCGCGAUGCAAAGACGAUGAGGGGCAGUUUAGAGGGAGCAAGGAUGACAUGUUGGUGAAAAGAGGGUCAUGGUCCACGCUAACGUUGACCCAGGCCAGGCAAGUGUUACAGAAGGGCUCAGCCACGGUCAACAGGACUCUGCUCAAGUCUAAGUCCUGCCACCCAGACAUGACAAACCAGUUUCUUCAGGUAGGACGGCCCGUCCCGUCUGGAGAAUGGACCGGUACCCUGGGUCACGGACGCUGUAAGGGCAAUGAGAUUCCGUGUCGACGGAUGCGCAGUGGCAGCUAUGUGAAAGCCAUGGGGGACCUGGAGGACAGCGAAGACUCCGAGGGCAGUCCCAAACCCUCUCCCAAGAGCGCGGCUCGGAGACAGAGCUACCUGAAGGCAACGCAGAGGUCCCUGAGCGAGCAGCAGCCUCCUCCGCCUCCGCGCAACUCCCUGCCGUGUCUGAAGGAGCUGUCCACAAACCGGAGUCUGGAUAACUUGGACUGUCUGGUGAUUCCGGUGGAAACGCAGCCCCCACACCGGAGCGAGUUCAGCUACUGCUCCGCCACGCUGGGCAGAGGCUCUCAGGUGUAUGCCCAGAGCUGUGGUUACUCAAGCGCGUUUGGUGAAGUGGAGUCCCAGGCCGUGGAGGCUCUGGACCUGCCCGCUCCCACGUGUUUCCGCUCCCGCAGCCACAGUUACCUGAGAGCCAUCCAGGCGGGCUGCUCACAGGACGACGACACUUCUGUGGACUCAGACUCCCCUCCGCCCACCGCAGCAGGCUAUUACAGCUCCAGCACGCGAGUCCUCUGGGUGCUCCGGUUUCCCCUACCACCAAAAACAUGGGACAUAAUUUGCGGAUUUCUCACUCGUCAAUACAUCAACAACAGGAAGGCCCCCCCUCCAGUUCCGCCUCGCACCACCUCCAAACCGCUCAUCUCCGUCACACUCCAGAGCAGCACCGAAUCCGCCCAGGACACGUACUACGACCAGCAGGACCGAGGCAGUGACGUCAACAGCCAGUCGGGCCGCAGCAACUCCUCGGACAGCCUCUGUAGCAUCCGCACGGGCAGCCUGGCCAAGAGCAUUUACCCGACUGGUAUCAUCACGCCAGCCAUCCCAGUGCCCAUCCCGACGGCCACCACUGUUAUACCUCCUGUCCCUGCCCCGAGGGACCUGCCCCCAAACACCGCUUGCCAACAUGACACCCUGACUCCCAUCAUCAUCCUCGACAAGCCUCCAACUGCUUCCAAAAGAAAGCUGUCGUCCAUUGGGAUUCAGGUGGAUUGCGUUUUACCAGUCCCAAGAGAAGAAAUAUUACCAUUAACGGCACCUUUAAAAUUUCAGUCCAUUGGGGUUCAAGUGGAGAACGGAAGGCCUCUGAGCAGAGAUAACAGCAUGGCCUCCAGACAAAACACAGAGACUGAGCCGCUGGAGCCGCAGGAGAACAAUUGUGUCAACACCGAGACGUCAAACUGUGCGACCACAAACGGACAGGACAAACCCUCUGAACAGCCCCUCCAAAAGUCCAACUCCACCAGGAUAUCCUCCCUCUCAGAGUCCUUGGACCCGGCGCUCGACCCCUCCUUUUUGCCCCCUCCAGACCCCAGCCUUCAAGCGGGCAAUGGCAGCACGGCAGCAAACAACGAAGACCAGCCCUGCGCGCCCGCCUGCCCUCGCGACGGCAACUGGUUUCUCAAGCUCCUCCAGGCCGAGACCGGGCGGAUGGAGGGCUGGUGCCAACAGAUGGAGCAGGAGACCAAAGACAUCCAGCUGUCGGAGGAAGUAAUGGGGACAAUCCGAAGUGCGGUCGGCAGUGCUCAGCUCCUGAUAGCGCAGAAGUUUGAACAGUUCAGGGGCCUCUGCAAUGAAAAUCUGAAAGUGGAUGCGAACCCCAGGCCCACAGCACAGGACCUGGCGGGCUUCUGGGAUUUGCUGCAGCUCUCUAUAAUAGACAUCAGUAUGAAGUUUGAAGAGCUUCAUCAGCUCAAGUUCAACAACUGGCAACUUCCAGAGAAGCCUGAAAAGAAGGAGGAAACCAAGCUUCCAUCAUCAGUGCCAAAGAAGCCGUGUAAGCCCAAACUGGCGGCAGGGAAGGACCGCAGCAUGGACAGCGCGGUGGACAAGCAGCGGCAGGAGGCGCGCAAGCGGCUGAUGGCGGCGAAAAGAGCCGCGUCCGUGCGGCAAAACUCAGCCACAGAAAGCGCAGACAGCAUUGAAAUCUACAUACCGGUGGAGGUGGAAGAAGCUUCUCCUGUGAAAGUGCAUUUCCUUUGGAGCGCCAUGUCCUUUAGAGACUUAAGAAAUUUCACAGAAAUGAUGAGAGCUUUAGGGUACCCUCGGCUGAUAUCAAUGGAAAACUUCAGAACACCAAACUUUACUUUAGUUGCAGAAAUUCUAAUCUGGCUUGUGAAAAGAUACGAACCUCAAAUGGACAUUCCCACUGAUGUGGAAACGGAGUCAGACAGAAUAUUUUUCAUCAAAGCGGUGGCCCAGUUUAUGGCUACAAAGGCUCACAUUAAGUUAAAUACUAAACAUCUCUACCAAGCUGAUGGAUAUUCAGUGAAAGAGUUGCUGAAGAUCACGUCCAUCCUUUACAAUGCUAUGAAGACAAAACAAUUGACUUUGGAAGAUCCAGUCGAGGAAGACAACAGCAAAUUCAAGUUUGAUCUGAGUUCUCGAAUUUCAGAUCUCAAAGCGGCACGGCAGUUGGCAUCAGAAGUCACUGCAAAAGGAGCAUCUUUAUAUGACCUAUUAGGAAAGGAAGUAGAGUUGAGGGAAAUGCGAACUGCAGCCAUUGCAAGACCUUUAGAAAUAAAUGAGACUGAAAAAGUACUUCGAGCGGCCAUCAAAGAGGUUUUGGACAAUGUUGAGAAAACAAAAGAAAUGUUGGGCAAUGUUGUUUCUGACGAGGCGAGCCUUGACGCAAAAAUAGAGAAAAAGCGGCAGGAGCUGGAGAGGAAUCGGAAAAGACUCCAGACUCUGCAGAGUGUGAGACCCGCGUUCAUGGAUGAAUAUGAAAAGAUUGAAGAAGAUCUUCAGAAGCAAUAUGACAUUUAUGUUGAAAAGUUCAGAAACCUUUCGUUUUUAGAGUCCCAGCUUGAAGAGUACCAUAGAAUUGAGCAAGAGAGAUUUGAGGAAGCUGAAAACGCACUAAGAGCGAUGCAGCACAGGUUACGGGAAGAAGAGAAAGACCUCAUGAAGGGAUCCUUGAAAGAUGAGGAUUCAGAUAUUGAUGUUCCAGAAGACGAUGGCUCUGACAGCGACAUUGAGGACACCCGCCCCUCAAAGCUGCGUCCAACUAGAAACGGCUUCUUAGCAGGUAGAGGAGCCAGGUACUUUGGUAACAUGCAUGGUGGAGAGAGCGAUGAGACUGAAGGCAGUGAGAUUGAUGUGGAGGAAGAGGAUGAAGAAGAAGACGAAGAGGAGGAUGAGAGCAGGAAUUUAGAUGACGACAGUUUGGAUUUGGACGGACCACGCAGCGGUGCCCGAUCGACCAAAGGGGGCAUGAACCCUCCUUUGUUAGAAGAAAGUGACAAUGAUUUCUAA